CGACAAUACUGCUGAACUCCAAGGACAUUCUCGAUACAACAGCUCAAGCUGUGCAAGAUCUGCAGACGCACGUAAUAACCCAGACAACAAUUUUUGACUUGAAAGUUGCUAGACUUGAAAACAAAAUCUCGCAAUGUAAGAGAUUAAUGGACACAUCCAUUACUUUCUCAGCAAUUCAGCACGCCCAGAGCCUUUCCGCUAUUCUUUUUCCACAUUUGCCAUCUCUUGAAGACCAAAUGAUUUCAAUUCGACAGCGAGAGACUCUUCUCGCUCCUAGAGAACACUGGAUGUCAAAUGUGUCCGAGAUCCAAGCACCAGGUUGGCUAUCUCAUUCUCCACGACCACUCCUCUGGAUCGGAGGGAGACGAAAUAGACGGGGUAUUAGCUGGGUCUCUAGCUUUACACUUGACGUUGUCGAAGCUCUCAAAAUGGAACCAAGCGUCAAAGUGGUAUAUACUCUUUGUGAUAAUGCCGCACUCAUGUCACAGCUCAUUGUGUUUAAACACUUGAUAGUUCAGCUACUUCGAGCAUAUCCUGAGAUCCUGCUUGUGCCGGAGAAUUUGAAUGAUCUACCUGUCCAACGCCUUGCAGGGAUUGGAGAUUCGACGGAGCUUGCGUAUCGAGUUCUGGCGGACAUUAUACGUAUGGUGAACCAGCAAUGUCAUCGAGAUGGGAAAGAGGUGUUUUUAUUGAUCGACCGUGUGGAUGUUGUACUUACCAUGGAGGACUCUAAAGGCAAAUUGAGAUUCUUGAAGGCCUUAAAGCAGCUAUUGGUGGAGUAUAGAGCGUUACGGAUGAUUCUUACGAGUGAAUAUUCCAUGGAGGAGAUAGAAAUUGGAAAGGAGGGCAGAGAGGCAACCGUGGAGAUUUGGGUUGAUACAACGAAACCUGUUACAAUGCAUUCUAGACAGUGAUCAAUUGACUCGUUUGCAGGUUUUAAUUUAUAGAUGGAAUUACCAG